AUGACCACCCCAUCCCAAUCAACGCCCCAGCCGCCCUCGAUCACCGACAAGCUCUCCCCAGACUCCAUCGACACUCUGCCAGUUCUCUCGGCGCUUCUGUCGCGACUCCAGCCAUCAUCUACGACAUCGACAUCAACAGCAGGCUCCCCACCGGCUGCGUCACCCUCCCAGGUCGCCUCGGGCACAGGAGCGCUCACGAUUAAAGAUAUUCCCAUCGCGAGCGACGAGAUCAAACACAAGCUGCAGAAAGCCCGUGCGCAGGUCAAGGAGCUGCCAGAUAUUGACAGGAGCAUAUCCGAGCAGGAAUUGGAGAUUAGGGAGUUAGAAGAGAAGAUCGCGAAGCAGAGGGAGGUCUUGGAGAGUUUAAGGGACGUUGGGGUGGCUACAAGAAGGGAUCGGGAGAUGGGGGAGCGGACUAGUGGAGCCGAUGUGAUGGAGACGACUUGA